AUGACUUCCAAACCAGCGAUUAUUAUUCUCUUAUUCGCAAUUUUCUGUCUAUUAAGUCAUGUCGCGCACGCAGCCGUCCAAGCGGAUAACCACAAGAACAACGUCAUCAGACGCCAGGAACAUCAUGACGAUGAGACACUUCCUGUCUUCCGCCUGCAUUGCCCGGAUGGAAUAAACAAGGAUCGAGUCAUCGACCUAGCCCGCAGCCUGUACGGCAUCUCAAACUACACCAUCAAGUAUAUUGAUUCACGCAUCAUCUUGCGCUCCGGUUCACAUGUCGUCGAGGUCGACACGGUUAGUGGAGGAAUCUGGACCGCUGACGAGGCAAGCCUAUGGAACACUUCAAUUCGACCGGAACUUGUGAGCGAUGAACAUGCCUCCGAAAUUAUCAAUAAUCUUAUCCAUAACCAUACGCUGCUGCCAAAGUUCGACGAGGACGAACCGUUCCAGUUGGUAUCUGGGAAAAUUGGCGGAAGUCUUCUUGGUCAACAAUCAAUUGUAAAUGGUAGUCGCAUAACACACAAGCUCGAUACGAGAACAAGCUAUAGAAUAACAGUCAAUCUCCCCAAGAAACCUCAUAUUCCGAUUAUUGGCGGUGGAGCAAAAUUCCAAUUCGUCCUUGGAGAAGCAGGUCGCCUUAUCGGAUUUAACGGUGUAUGGCGCCAACCUGAAAGAAAAAAUUUUGAGGUCAAAAUUAUCCCAAAGAAGGAGACUGACAAAAUUUUCCUCGAUAAAUUCAAGCAUCAAAAGCUGGUCAACUUCACCUCCUCACUCGCAUACUUUUCGGCACCGUCGUCAAGAACUCAGCAACACCUUUACCCUGUGUAUGUUUACGACGGCACCUUGAUGAAACAAAUACCUCAGCAAUCACGUUCGCAUAAUAAAACUAAGAACGAGAAACGCUUAAACAGCCGUAAUAACCUCACAUGUGGUACCGAGUGGAUUGGCGAAUCUGGUGGACUAGGCGGCAGUCAUGACAAUGCCCUGGGCUUCGUGAAUGGUCUCUAUGAUGAUGGCUGGGAUGUCUCUUUCAACUGGGGCGACUUUAACGCCUUUAAAUCGGACUGGACAACCGACAAUGAUGACUUGAUAGAUAACGUUGACUUUGUAUUCUAUACUGGCCAUGCCAAUGGGGACGGCUGGGUGCUCGAUGGUGGGAAUAGCUUUCUUACUUUUAACGAAAUUGGCUUGCUCGAUCGAGAUCUCGAAUGGCUGGUCAUCGCUGCUUGCGGCCCACUUCAAGACGACGUAAUUAGUCCCGGUGGAGGUGAUGUCUUUCGCUGGGAACCUGCGUUCAAAGGUGGACUUCAUCUAUUGCUUGGUUACGCAUCUGUCUCCUAUGACAACACUGACGAAGGCAGAUUGCUCACUCAAUAUGUCCGUGAAGGCCAAACAGUCAUCAAUGCCUGGUUCCGUGCAGCACAGGCGAUACAGCCAUCCGAUAUUUGGGUUGGCGCAAUGUGGGUGUCGAGCCCCAGCAGCGAUCCCAGUCAAGACCAUAUCUGGGAUAGCGGUUCUUUCUCAGCUGACCCUAUUAACUUUAAUUCGAUGAACGCUCUUUGGACAUAUUGCUAA